AUGCUUCACAUCAAAUUCAGCGAUUUCCUAUCACGAACGACGAUCGUAUUUUUGCUUCUCUCCAUUGCAAUUGUGACAUUUGAUUUUGAAUCUCAUCAUUGCAGAAUUUCAGAUCUUCUGAUGCUUCCAAAUCAUCAAUUAGCACGUUGUAUUGUGAAGCUUUCGUUGCGUGCCAAUGAGCUUUCAAAUGCAAUUCAGUUGAGUAAAGAACACGUCUCAAAUGUAAGGAAUGAUAAAACGAAGUCACUAAGGUUGGAAAAGCUCAAUGGGCAGAAUCGCUUGAAAGAUCAAAAGAAACAUUAUGAAGAAAUUGUUGCACGACAUCAAACAUUCAUUGAACAGUUGAUUAAAGACAAAGCAACGCUUUGUGAGAAGGUUUCACAAAUCACAAGACGAUUGGAUAGUCAAAAUCAAGCUUGGGAACAUCGUCUGAAAACAGAAGUCGAGAAAGCAAAGGAACAAGCAAUGGCAGGUGAAAAGAUUCGUCGUGAAAAGUGGGUUCGUGAUAACACAAAGAAAAUAAAAGAGUUGACAGUAAAAGGGUUGGAAUUGGAGAUUAACAAAAUGUCAACAAAUUAUAAACAGGAAACCGAAGCAUUGAAACGUCAGCAUCAUCUUGAUGUAUUGAAAACCAUUGAAGAAACAAAAGAAAAGUUUGAAAAGGCAGAAAAAUCUAUUCGGGAAAGUUAUGCUGAUGAGCGUGAACAGGCGAUUGAAAGAGAACGCAAAGCCAUCAAGGAGCGUUUUGAAAAGCAAAUGGAUGACGAAAGAAAGUCUGCUGAACAGCAAAGACUCAGAAUGGUGCAUGAUUUCGAAACAGAGAAAGAUCGUUUAUAUGGUGAAAUGCGAGAAAAGGAACAUCAAUUUGAGAUGAAGCGAGAAGAGUUGAUGAACGAGAAAAUGGAGAUGCUUGAAGAUACAAAAGAAACGUUCAAAGAAAAGCUUAAGCAACGUGAGUCAAAGCAUCAGAUGGAAAUUCAAAAGAUUCAAGAGCAAUACGAAGCUGACUUUAAAAUAUGGAAACGAGAAUUUGAGACGAAAAUGAAGCUACGUGAAAGUGAACGCGAAAACGUUAUUCGUGAACAGUACAGACAAGAACGUGAUCGACAGAUUGAUGCUAUCGUUGUGAAAGUUGAUGCUGAAUCGAUUAAAAGUCAACAAGAUUUCGAAAUAAAAUUCAAUCGAAUGAAAGAAAAAUACGAGCAUGAAAUUAGAGAGCUGGAAAAUUCUGAAAAAGGAUUAAGGGACAAAUACAUUGAGGCACGAACAAGGCUUGCGGAAAGCGACGCCAACAACCAAAAUCUCAAAGCGGUUGUGACGCAGAUGGAACUGCAAUUAAGUCAUUCAACAAAGCUUUGUGAAAAAUUCACCGCUGAAAAGGACAAUCUGAAAGACGAAGUUCGAAGCGAAAUCAAAAAUGAACUCCAAACUAUUAACAAGGAGCAUGAAAUGGAAAUUCAACGAAUUUAUUCUCGAGUCCAACAAGCGAUACAGAAAAAGGAUGCAACACUAGAAGCACUUCAAAAAGAAAACUCUGCACUUCGUGAACGAAGCUUGAAGCUUGAUGCAAUCAUUAGACAGCAAAGAAAAGAUUACUGCACCAAAUGAUAUUUCCUGAGCGACAUUUGGCAGUGAAUCAAUGUUCUUUAGUGUGAAUGACACUUAAACGAAGAGCAAGCAAGUGCUUCAUCGAAAACAAGAUGGAAUGAAACAGGAAUUUGAUGAAUACAAUCGUCCCAUGAUUAUCUAACUUUAAUACAGAACAUUAUUAUAUUUAUUACUGAAACACUUGAUUGGAAACUUUAAAUAAAAAUAAUGAGAAGAAUUUUAACUUAUUAUUCUACCACUG